GGGCCCAUGAGGCUGGGACUACAGCCCGCAUUGCGUCGGGGGCGCGGCGCUCGGUGUACCGCGGCGGCAGAGGCCUCGCUGGCGGUGGAGGACAGCUCGCGAAUCGGGGGAGUGUGGUGCGGUAGACAGCGUGCCCGCCCCCCUCCUCUGCAACUUCCCCCCUCCCGCUGCCAGAGCUGCAUCAAACAGCUCUCAGGUUUCUGCUGAUACUGCAGAGUCAAGACAUGGAUCGAGUUUGCUCCUCUUUCUUACGUAUUCAGCAGUCCAUUUGCUCUUGCCACAUGCGUCCAUCUCCUGCCUCCUGCUGCUGCUGCCGUUGGGACGAGCCAAGGGCCACUCCGGAGAUGCGGUUGCGGGACUGCGGAUCUCUCACGACUCUCUAGCCGACGCUGUCCAGCACCCGGCUCCUUCUCCAGAUGUCUUAAAGGAAGAGAUCGGGAGAACCAGCAGAUACUUAGGACAACCUUUUUUUGUUUAUUAAUUCAAGCCUUCGGAAAAAGACACUUUGCACUCUCUUCCACCCGCCGACUCCCUCACUGCGGUUUUCAGCAGAAACUACUUAAACCCACUCGCCCUUGGUGCAGCCUCAGUGCAUGAAUAUUUAAGUGUCUUGCAGGCAGUGCUGUACGGUGACCGCUGUGUUAUUAAGAAAGGUGCAAGAGGAGGAGGGUUGUGUUUGCCACUGCGGUUUUUGUUUUGCUCAGAUUCUUUUGGAUGGUGCUGCAAGACAGCUUGUCGCAUUCUGGCACUGGCUCCUGUUCCUAAUGAGCGCAUCUCACACAGAACAGCAUCCACAGUGAUGAUCAAGUUGGCAAGAAAAGUGGCCGGAUCGAAUUAAAGGCGAAAGGAGACAGCUGGGGAGGGGACCCCAGCCAGGAGGUGCACCCCAUACACCCUAGCCUGGGGGGACAGGAUCCCUCGCCUUACCUGCCCUCUGCCCUCACCCCCCAAAGCCUGGGUCCCUCAUUCUCUGUGCCACAAUGACUGUGAUGGCUGGAGAGAACAUGGAUGAGACUUCUGUGCUACCUGGUCACCCCCAGGAUAGCUACCAGCCUGCUGCCCAUGAUGACCAUGAAUGCUGUGAGCGGGUAGUGAUAAACAUUGCUGGACUACGCUUUGAGACACAGCUAAAGACCUUAGCCCAGUUCCCCAACACACUGCUGGGCAACCCCAAGAAGCGCAUGCGGUACUUCGACCCUUUGCGCAAUGAGUACUUCUUUGAUCGAAACAGGCCCAGCUUUGAUGCCAUCCUCUACUACUACCAGUCUGGGGGACGGCUUCGCCGGCCGGUCAAUGUUCCCUUGGACAUGUUCUCUGAGGAAAUAAAAUUUUAUGAGCUGGGUGAGGAAGCCAUGGAGAAGUUCCGGGAAGAUGAAGGGUUCAUCAAAGAUGAGGAGAGACCCUUGCCGGAGGGAGAGUACCAGCGUCAAGUAUGGCUCCUCUUUGAGUACCCAGAAAGCUCUGGGCCUGCAAGGGUCAUUGCAAUAGUCUCUGUCAUGGUGAUCCUCAUCUCCAUUGUGAUCUUCUGCCUAGAGACAUUACCUGAGCUGAAGGAGGACAAGGAGUAUACAGUGCAUCGUACUGACAACACCACUCAGGUCUACAAAUCCAAUAUCUUCACAGAUCCCUUCUUUGUUGUGGAGACCCUAUGCAUCAUCUGGUUCUCCUUUGAGCUGGUGGUGCGUUUCUUUGCUUGCCCCAGCAAGACUGAAUUCUUCAAGAAUAUAAUGAACUUCAUUGACAUUGUGGCCAUCAUCCCUUACUUCAUCACCUUGGGCACUGAGAUGGCUGAGCGGGAGGGGACUCAGAAGGGAGAGCAGGCCACCUCCUUGGCCAUUCUGAGAGUCAUCAGACUGGUAAGAGUCUUUCGAAUCUUCAAACUCUCCCGGCACUCUAAGGGCCUCCAGAUUCUGGGACAGACCCUCAAAGCAAGUAUGAGAGAGCUAGGUUUACUAAUCUUCUUCCUCUUCAUUGGGGUGAUUUUGUUCUCUAGUGCGGUGUAUUUUGCAGAGGCUGAAGAACCUGAGUCUCAUUUCACAAGUAUCCCUGAUGCUUUCUGGUGGGCGGUGGUAUCCAUGACCACUGUGGGCUAUGGUGACAUGUACCCUGUGACAAUUGGAGGCAAAAUCGUAGGCUCCUUGUGUGCCAUCGCUGGUGUGCUGACAAUUGCCCUGCCUGUACCUGUCAUCGUGUCCAACUUCAACUACUUCUACCACCGAGAAACAGAAGGGGAAGAACAGGCUCAGUUACUUCAUGUUAGCUCCCCAAAUUUAGCAUCUGACAGUGAUCUCAGUCGCCGCAGCUCUUCCACUAUCAGCAAAUCUGAGUAUAUGGAAAUCGAAGAGGAUAUGAAUAAUAGCAUAGACAAUUUUAGGGAGGCUAAUCUCAGAACUGGCAACUGCACUGUAGCCAACCAAAACUGUGUUAAUAAAAGCAAGCUGCUGACUGAUGUAUAAACAAAAGACCAAAAUCCCCACUCACAGCUUGAAGACUUAAGUGACAUAGUCACACUUUGUAGAUGCUUUACUGAUAGUCUUUGAAUGCUUUAUUUACCUCGUAAAUGCAUUGUUGCAUUGUGAGUUUUUGUUCAGAGAUAAAGAGGCUUCCAGGAUCCAUGAAUGAUAAAAUUUGGUUUACCUUCAAAAACUCCACAUUUUCCAUUUGGUAAAUGAUCAUUAUUUGAACUAGUUAGGUUUUAAACUGAAUGAUGCUAGACCUAAACUUUUCCUGUUCCAUCCACUUUUUUUUUUUUUUUUUUGACACACUUAAGUUCAACUAAGGAAGACAAUUUUUAAAACUGAAGCGUAUGCAUGGAUUCCAGUUAAAAUAUCCUGCAAACAUGCACAGUUGCAAGGGAGUGAAUCAGAUAAUAGUAAAAAAAGUACUAACAUGCAGCAAACGUUUACCACUGUUUUUAUGAAGGGAUGCAAAUUUUCCUUCCGCACCCUAUGUGAGAGAGUACAUAGUUCCUACCUACACAUCAGCACCUUAUUUAAAUACACUUAAGGAUGGUCUUUUUUCUAUCCAUAGAAUAAUUAUUUAAAAAUAGCAAACAGAAUUGAAGGCAAAACAUUUGCACUGCUGCUAAGUUCUCUCAUGCGCAGAUGAUCUUAAUGCACUUUUCCCUAUCCAGAACUGUAUACAAAACUUCUAGUUCUUCUGUUGCAAGACAGCACAAUAUAGUUUAAUAUAAGCAUGUUUGAAAUUGAUGCUAUUUAUUUUAUAAUUGCAUGCCUGAAACUUUACCUCAGACAAUAAUGGAUAAGCUUUUGUUUGAAAUGAAUCUUCUAAAAAUAGGUCCUUUAUCUCUCUUGUUUUUUUUUUUUUCCUUUUUUCUUUAUUUUGGGUUGCAUUCACCAGAAGUGCACUACUUAACUUACUAAAUUGUUGACUAGUACUUUAAAGUGUAUGUUAGUCAAAUGGGAACAAUAACUUUUGGAGAUCAAAGCAUGUUCAAAUAUUCAGCAUUAUGGCCUAUUUGAAUAACGUGUAACUUUAAUUAAUGCAUGAAUUCAAUAAUAAUCAUUAAAUAAAAAAAAAAAACCAAAAAUUAAAAAGUGCUUAAUAGAUCAAAGGCCUGAAUGGAAGAUUAAGGAAACCUGUUUCCUG